AUGUGUGGAAUUCUGGGCUGCAUUCAUCAUCCAGAUGCGCAGGCGUACCGGUCAAAGAUGCUUACUAUGUCGCGAGCGAUCCGGCAUCGUGGUCCCGAUUGGUCGGGAUGUGUGGUGGUAGGCGCAGAUGACCCACACAAACCAACACGUGGUAGCGUGCUGUGUCAUGAGCGUUUGGCCAUCGUUGGUGUCGACUCUGGCUCGCAGCCCCUCGUUAGUGACGAUGGAAAGCUCUACCUUGCAGUUAAUGGAGAGAUCUACAAUUACCGUCAGCUGCGUGCUUCACUCAACUCGUCUGUUGAGUUCAAGACUGACAGUGACUGUGAAGUGAUCAUGUAUCUGUACCGCGAGCACGGAGUCGAUUUCGUCAACAUGCUUGACGGCAUGUUUGCAUUCAUCCUCCUCGACACAAGCGUGUCGCCACACCGCGUCAUUGCCGCGCGUGAUCCAAUUGGUGUGACGACCUUGUACUAUGGCCGUUCCUUCGAAUAUCCGGGUGCAUUGUACUUUUCGAGCGAGUUGAAGGCCAUUUCAAAAGAGUGCGAGCGCUUGUUUUCAUUUCCGCCAGGUCAUUUCUAUGACAGUCAAAGGGCGAAAGGCGAUGAACUCGUGCGCUACUACCGCCCAUCUUGGUGGGACACGGACGAGUCUGGUCAACUUCCUACGGCCACCGCGGAUCUUGCGCUCAUCCGCACGACACUUGAGAAGGCCGUACGAAAGCGUCUGAUGAGUGAAGUUGCUUAUGGUGUACUCCUAUCCGGUGGACUGGACUCGUCGCUCAUUGCAGCCAUUGCGGCGCGAGAGACAGAGAAGCAGGCUAAGGUGCAGCAGAUGGAAUUGGAACAUGCACAUCACGAGGCAGCUGUCGCAUCAAAGACGGAACCGCGUAGCAGCAAGGUGCGUCGCACGGAGCAUGCCUCUGAUGCGACCAAGACCAGUGACGACGGGCCGCUCGUUGCUUGGCCGCGUCUGCACUCGUUCUCCAUUGGCUUGCCUGGGUCGCCAGAUCUCCUUGCAGCUCGACAGGCAGCCGAGUUCCUUGGCACAAUCCAUCACGAAUACACCUUCACCGUGCAAGAGGGACUUGAUGCACUCUCAGAUGUCGUGUAUCAUCUCGAGACAUACGACGUCACGACAGUGCGUGCAUCUACCCCCAUGUACCUGCUCUCUCGCAAGAUAAAAGCAACAGGCGUAAAAAUGGUCCUGUCAGGCGAGGGCUCUGACGAGGUGUUUGGCGGUUACCUGUACUUCCAUGCGGCCCCGAGCAAGGAGGCCUUUCAUCAAGAGUCUGUGAAGCGUGUGAAGAACCUGCACACGGCCGACUGCCUCCGAGCCAACAAGAGUACGAUGGCUUGGGGUUUGGAGGCCCGUGUGCCGUUCCUUGACAAGGCAUUCCUCGACGUGUGUAUGAAUUUGGAUCCCGCACAGAAGCAAUUCUCCAAGGGUAGUCUGCAGAAGAAGGAUGCUGAUGGCCGACCGUACAUGGAAAAGUACAUUUUGCGCAAGGCUUUUGACGUGAAGCCGGAUGAUUUGGAGCACGGUUCGCCAUUGGAAGGCAGUCUGCCAUACCUGCCAGAAAGCAUUCUUUGGCGCCAGAAGGAGCAGUUCAGCGAUGGUGUGGGUUAUUCGUGGAUCGAUGGAAUGAAGGAGUAUGCGGAAAAGACUGUCAGCGAUGACAAGUUCAGUGAGCGCGAGAGUCGAUACCCAGUCGACACGCCGGAUACGAAGGAGGCGUACAUGAUUCGAGAACUGUUUGAGUCAUGGUUCCCGACGGAAGCAGCCGCCCGGACGGCUGUGCGCUGGGUCCCUCGUGGUGACUGGGGCUGCUCAAGUGACCCGUCUGGACGAAGUGUGGCGAUUCACGAUGCUGCUUAUCAACAACAAGAGGUAGCUGCAGCUGAGGUCGGUCAGGGCGGUGCCUAA